AUGUCAAAACCAAACGACGCAUCCAAAACAUUGUCAUCUGCAGCACAAAUUGCAAGAGAAAAUCGUAAUAUAAAGGCAGGACUGCAAAACAACAAACGGGUGUACAGUUUGAACUAUUUUUCCACUUUUACCAGCACAACAAAGGUAGAGUAACGCACUAGAAUGAACGACGCAAAGGUAAGCGUCAGCUUUUCCUGCCAGCGCUGCCUGCAACCCAUCCAUAUCGAUGAUACGUUUGCCAGCCUUGGGGAACAUACGCUGGCGGAGCUUGCACUACCGAUAAAUUCCCACCUGGAAGUUGAUCUGGAAUCGCAAUCGGCCAGCUUCGAUCAUUUUGUGCCCCCAUUUCGGGUAACAGAAUCGACGAACGAUACGAAUGGAUUCAUGCUACUUUCCGACGGUCCGGACAAAGAAUCGCUCGGUCACAGUUUGCGCGUUAAGGCGGAGCUGUUUGAUGCCCUGUCGAACAACUCCGAAAUAGAUCAUCCGCUUUGCGACGAGUGCACCGAUACGCUGUUGGAGCUGAUGGACAAACAGCUUAAAAUUGCCGAAGACGAAUGGAACGAUUAUAACAACUAUUUGAAAAAGCUGGAAAUGACGGACGACGUGCCAAACAUUGAAGAAUUGGAGCAGGAACUGACCGGGCUGAAGCUGGACGAGACGCGGCUGCUCGAGGAGUUAAGCAAUCUCUCACGCGAAGAGCAAUCAAUACGGCAUGCGGUGGAUGAACAGGAAAAGGAGAAGCUAAGGCUCGAACGCGAAGAGAACAAGUACUGGCGUGAGUAUACGAAACAUCGUCGCGACGUAAUCACCACCGAGGACGAGUUCCGUUCGCUCGAAUGCCAGAUGGCCUACGCACAGAGCCAGUUGGAAAAGUUAAAGAAAACGAACGUAUUCAACGCGACCUUCCACAUUUGGCACUCGGGCCACUUCGGUACGAUAAACAACUUUCGGCUCGGACGACUUCCUUCAGCGCCGGUCGAUUGGUCGGAAAUAAAUGCUGCCUGGGGUCAAACCUGCCUGCUGCUAUCAGCGUUGGCGCGCAAGUUGAAUUUCAACUUCAAGCACUAUCGUCUGGUUCCGUACGGCAAUCAUUCCUACGUAGAGAUACUCGGCGAAGGCAAAGAGUUACCACUGUACGGUAACGGAGGUUUCCGUUUUCUGUGGGACUCUAAGUACGAUGCGGCAAUGGUCGCAUUUCUGGAUUGCUUACAACAAUUUAAAGAAGAAAUUGUGCGAAGAGAUCCAGAUUUUUGUUUGCCGUACUUGAUGGAGAAGGGGAAAAUUGAAGAUGCGUCGACGGGCAGCAGUUUUUCGAUCAAGAUUCAAUUCAAUUCGGAAGAGCAAUGGACCAAAGCGUUAAAAUAUUUGUUGACGAAUCUGAAAUGGGUACUCACGUGGGUAUCGUCCCAGUUCACCGAGGACAAGCGGUAG